AUGGAUGAAAACAAUGGAGCUUCAAGCUCACUUCCACCUUUCCUUACGAAAACAUACGAAAUGGUAGAUGACUCUUCUUCCGAUUCAGUCGUUUCUUGGAGCGAAAACAGCAAAAGCUUCAUCGUCAAGAACCCGGCAGAGUUCUCAAGAGACCUUCUUCCGAGAUUCUUCAAGCACAAGAACUUCUCAAGCUUCAUCCGCCAGCUUAACACUUAUGGUUUUCGAAAAAUCGAUCCUGAGAAAUGGGAAUUCGCCAACGACGAUUUCGUUAGAGGACAGCCUUACCUAAUGAAGAACAUUCACAGACGAAAACCUGUUCAUAGCCACUCGCUGCAGAAUCUAGCAGCGCAUCAUAGUCCGUUGACGGAGUCAGAGAGACGGAGCAUGAAGGAUCAGAUCGAGAGACUGAGAAAGGAGAAAGAAGUUCUUGUCGCGGACUUACAGAGCCAAGAGCAAGAACGGAAAGCGUUCGAGGUGCAAGUAGCCGCGUUGAAAGAUCGUUUGCAACACAUGGAGCAGCGUCAGAGAUCGAUCGUGUCGUUUGUCUCACAGGUUCUUGAAAAGCCAGGACUUUCUCUGAAUCUCGAGACCGGUCAAAGGAAGAGAAGAUUGCAAGAGAGCUCUUCUCUUCCUCCUUCAAGCCGGUCACACGCAGAGCAGGUCGAGAAGUUGGAGUCUUCUUUAACGUUUUGGGAGGAUCUUGUGACCGGUGUGGAGUCGUCGAGCAUGGAUCUUGAUGUGAACGAGACGACGACUAGCUGUGCGGAGAGUUUGAGUGUUGGCGAUAACAGACCGAAAUCAACGAAGAUUGAUAUGAAUUCGGAGCCUGUCGCUGCUCCGAAAACAGGAGUUAACGAUGUGUUUUGGGAACAGUGUUUGACUGAGAACCCGGGAUCGAUUGAGCAGCAAGAAGUUCAGUCGGAGAGGAGAGAUCACGGUGGUGAUAAGAUUGGAGAUCAGAGAACGUAUUGGUGGAAUUCGAAGAGUGUAAAUAACAUUGCAGAGAAAACUUGA